CGUCAUAGUCUCGCGACAUGACUGAGACACGCGAGGUCGGGAUUAGCUGUCAGGCAGUGGACAAUUUCCUGGAGAUUUGUGCUGUUGCGGGACGUUUAAGCAGCAAUACAGGACUGUGGAUUGCGUUAAGUUCCGUGAAAAUCGAUAGUGCUGAGCGGCUGGGUGUGAACUGCAACAAUGUCUUUGAUUUGCCAGUGUCUGCGCCGAGCAUGGUUUCUUAGAGGCAACUCCACCAGCUAUAGUGCAUUGAGAGAAAUCAGCCUCUUCUCUGGCACAACGACGGCACCCCACUGGAACAAAGUCGUUUCAGAUGCAGAGAAGAUUGUAGGUUAUCCCACUUCAUUCAUGAGCCUCCGCUGCUUACUAAGUGAUGAACUAAACAAUAUAGCCAUCCAAGUCAGGAAGCUGGUGGGAACCAAGCAUCCUUUGUUGAACACUGCCAGGACUUUUGUGAAUGACAGUCAAAACAACCUGCAGAUGCGAGGCCUGGUAGUGCUUCUUAUCUCUAAAGCUGCUGGGUUAAGUAAGUCGGCAGAUCACACGUUCCAACAUGACCUGGUUAGUGGCAUUUGUGGCAGGCAAAGAAACCUAGCUGAAAUUACAGAACUGAUCCACACCGCUUUCCUAGUGCACCGUGGCAUUGUAAAUAUUAACGAAUUGAAGACAUGCGAUGGCCCCAUUAAGGACAUGCAGUUCGGGAACAAAAUGGCAAUUCUUAGCGGGGACUUUCUCCUUGCAAAUGCAUGCACAGGAUUAGCCGAUUUACAGAAUGCAAAGGUUGUGGAGAUCAUAUCUAGUACCAUAGGUGACAUGGUAAAAGGAAUAUACUAUGAAAAUUCUUAUAUGCCAGAGAACACCUUUACGGAUGUUAAUGGCAUAUCUAACUGGAUAGAGAAUAUUUUCCUCUCUCAUGGUUCGCUACUGGCAAAGAGUUGUCAAUCUGCAAUGCUAUUGGCACAUCAUGAUUCAGAGCUUCAGUCAAGGGCUUUCCAAUACGGAAAACAUAUGUCUAUCAGUUACAAGCUAAGUUCAGACCUCCAGCCAUUCAUUAAUGGAAAAUACAGUGAUUCAUCGUUCAGCCUGAAUUCUGCUCCAGUGGUUCUUCACCAGGAAUUUAUAGGAAGAGAAGCCUGGAUGGAUCAGAUCAAAGAGGCUCAACUGAAAGAAAACUUGAUUGACCGUGCAAAGUUGCAAAAGGCAAUCAAGGCUGGCAAAGGUGUGACUUCUGCUAUUGACCUGUGUUGUUACCAUGGAGACAAAGCUCUGGAAGCCCUGCAGUGUUUUCCUGACUCGGAGGCCAGAUCUGCCUUGAAAAACAUUAUUUACGCUGUGACUAGAUUUUCCUGACACUAAAGUGAAUCUGAGACUCCUGCUUAUGUUUUUACGUAAAUCCUCUGGAACUCACUGCUUGGCCCAUUGUGCCUUUUUCAUCCUUUGCCAUUCUCGCUCAUCACAAUCUACAGUGGGCAUGAAACCUUUUUUUUUUUUUUUUUUUUUAAUUGCUAAGGACAAAAAUAGAAUGUGAGGGGAAAAAAAAAGGUCAAACUGUUUUCUCUUGUCAUGCCAGAAGCACACUUGAGGCUGCACCAGUAGAAAUAAUUAAUGAGGUUUGCUUCUGUGACCUCAGCAAAUGGCCAGGAAAUAAGUCCUUAUUGAUUGGACAUAGCCAGGAGUGGCGCCAGUGUGGUGGCCUGUGGUUUUCCUGCUCCUAGGAGGACAUGAGGGGUGUGAUUCUGCAGGUGUCAGUAGGAAAUCUUUUCUCCGACAUUGACAAAAUCAAGAGUUUAUUUUAAUAUAAACUCCACACAUCAAGGACACUCCUAAUUUAUAAGAAACCUGAAAGCGAAAAAGUUCAGAACCAUUAUAAGUUCCAGCAAUCAGAUUUUAAUAAUCUCCACAUUCAGGUCACUUUCACCCUGCAUAAAACAAAAUUGCUCUACAUUUAUUAUAUAUAAAUAUAUAUGUAUGUAUUGCCCAUGCCACAGAUGUGUUCUCAGGACUGCGGUUUUAGUUAAAUACCAUCAUGCCUGGAAACGUAUAUAAAUAAAAUGAAAUGCCAUUAAUAAGAAUGUAAUCAAUUGCAGCAUUUUUACUUUAUAGAUGGAAAUACAACAUUUGAUUACAAUACCAGAUAAAGCAGUAUACACACAAUUUCAGCUGAAAGCGGGUCCCCAAAGGCCGUUUACAUUUUUGUAUGUCUCUUUCUAAUCAUUUCAAUUAGUAUUGGUACCUUGAAGAAAUAAAACUAUACAAUAAUUGUUUUUUUCAUUGCAAUAUGAUUUUAGUAAUGCCUCAGAAUACAGAAAAGUCCUCCCUCCCCCCAUUCACUGGAACUUUACGAAGAUGUGUUUUCUUUUCUAACCUUAGUUUGUCAGAUUAAACAACUCUCAAAACGCCAAUGACAGAUAGAAUACAAGGUAAUCACAAGCUGGAACUUGAGCCUGUCUCUGUUUUGUUCAUUGGAGAUGAUUUUGUGGUUUGCAUGCAUGUAACCUGAGCCCAUCGUUGACAAGAAGGCUGAGUUUACACAAAUGAUCUAGAUUGAGACUCAGCUACCUUUCUUCCUUCUCUGGUGUAAUUACAGCCCAAUCCGGAGACAGCUAGCGCAGCAAACAGAUUUCAUUACAUCGUUCACUCAAACACUUGAAGUAAAGUUCUUUCACUUUUGUGAUCCUUUUUCAUUUUUUAUUUCUCUCACCUAGAAGGAGAACUUUGCCACAAACUUAUCAUGGCAGCUUGUUGAAUUCCUCUGGCUGGGAAAUGGUAUACUGAACCUCAUCUGUUUCUUUCAUUCUAUCUAAGAAUUCCUGAAAGUGGAUAUGAAAAGGAAGUAUUCCUGCAGACAAGCCAGUGCCCAGUCUGAUAUAUUCUAUUCAAUUUCUCCAUUAAGCUUUGUUCCACCACACUCAGACAAAUGUUGUAUUAUCUCUUAUUUUAUAGUUCACAAAGUUAUAGAAAAGGAAUGUAGCAUUUCUGCCUGUAGCCUUUAUAAACAAUAAAUGGAAACUGCCAUA